AUGGCAUCACCAGCAUUGUGGCAGCGUUGCAUCGCCGCGUCCGCCUUGGCUUCGACCUCCAGGAAUGUCACCAGAACAUUCACCACCACAACAGCCGUCGCCAUGGCCCGCCAACGCCCAGGAGCAUCAAAGCCCACAGUCGCUCGCGUCCCAGGACUCGACCACCCAGGAACGCUUCACAACCUCUCAGAGAUCCACCCCCUCCUCGACCACUACCCCCGCAAGACCGAUCAGGAUGGUAGCCUGAACCUCGAGACCCCCAAACUCUGGGCCUCUGCCCCACCACUGGACAACAUGCUCAAGAACCAAGCCGACGACGACGUUGACGAGGCCUCGCUCCCUCACGGAUUGACCAAGGAUGAUUUGAAAAAGUUCUUGAAGCGCGCUUUGGUUGUCAAGCGUACGUCCAACAUGACGACUGCGGGAAAGAUCCCCAGCAUGUACGCGCUGGUCGUUGUCGGAAACGGAGAGGGUAUUGCGGGAUAUGGCGAGGGCAAGGAUGAUGAGGUUGCUCGUGCUGUCCGCAAGGCGACCAACAGAGCCAUGAGAAACUUGACUGCCUUUGACCGUUAUGAUGAUCGCACCAUCUACCACGAUAUCGACCACAAGUUCCACGCCACCAACAUCCAAUUCCGCUCCCGUCCCCCAGGUUUCGGUAACCGUUGCAACCACUACAUUCACGAGAUUUGCUCGUGCAUCGGUAUUCUGGAUAUCAGCGCCAAGGUCUGGGGCUCGCGCAACCCCAUGAACGUCAUCAAGGCUACCUUCGAGGCCCUUUCCUUGAAGCAGAAGCUUCCCGAGGACAUUGCCCGUGGUCGUGGCAAGCGUGUCGUCGAUGUUCAGCAUACUUACUACGGCGCCAACGAGUAA